AGUUCAUUGCAACCACAUCUACAAACUCAUAUUUUUCUUCGGCUCUCUUUUCUGUACGAACAGUUACUUGAUUCUCUGAUUAUGGCUGAAGCACUUGUUUCCGGUGUCUUCAAGCAGUUGACUGCAGUUGUUGGUGAAGGCAUACAACAGAAGGUGAGGCUAGUUGUUGAUGUUGACGAAGAAGUUAAACAGCUGAGUAGCAAUCUUGAUGCUAUUCAAGCUGUGCUCGUUGAUGCAGAGGCAAGGCAAGUGACAGAGACAGCUGUAAGACGUUGGUUAGAUCAGCUCAAACACGCUUCCUACGACAUUGAAGAUGUGUUGGAUGAGUGGAACUACGCCAUUCUAAAACAAAAACUAGAAGGGGUUGAAGAUGCUACCGAUCCUAUGAAGAAGUCUAUGCGUGAGUGGGAAGAGUGGGAUUACGAGAUUACCAGAAUUGGAGAAGAAGAAGAAGUUAUUACAAUCAUGCCAUCUCUGGUUUCCUUCACAAUUUUCGAAUGCCCAAAAUUGAAGGCAUUACCAAAACACCUUGAUCAGAAUACAAGAUUGGAAAAAGUUGUCUAUGGUUGUCCUCUGCUAGGCUAGCCUGGAAGGCGUCAAUAAGAGGUAAUUUUAUUUGCUUAUUUCUUUAAAAUAAAUGUAUUUGUGAUUGAAUAUUUAUUUAAAUAUUUAGUAAAUAAUGAAUGUCAUAAAGGCAUUAUCAUUUAAAACUUGAGUAUUAAGAAUACAUAGUCAACUACUUGUUCAAGUUGGUUAAUUAACAAGAACUUCUAUAAGGUAAGUUGUUAUAAAUUAGAUAAAUAUGACAAACUUUAAGUAAUUUAAAUUUUAAGACUUUAAAAUAAGAUUUGACGUUGACCCAAUGUGUGGAUCAAUUGAUCAAUUAAACUGGUGAUAUCAAUAUGACAUUAUAAAAUUAUAAAUUUUUAAUAAAUUUUAAAGUAAAUCUAAGACAGUUGAACUACAUUGAUAAAAUAAUUUGACUAUGAGUUGAGUUUGUUCCUAUUGAUCAAACAACAUGUGUGACACACAAAACAAUUUGUAUAUCUAACAAUUAAACACACAAAACAACCAUUUAAACCAUUUGAUUCAUAAAGAAGAUAAA